UCAUUUUCCUGACAAACCCCCGCACUUCUUUCCCUCUCUGAGGAACUCGGAGAAGCCUGCAUUCCAACCCGCCCGCUGCAGCAGAGCGCAACCGAAACUGCCGGGCCGGUUCCGAAGGCAACGGAAACUGUGAGGCAGGGCCGGGGCACGGCGGGACCCCUGCGAGCAGCACGGUGGAAGCUGCUCACUCACCCUGCUGUUACCCCACGGGGGACACGGCUGGAGGGAGCCGCGGGAGCGGCGGCAUGAGGCCGGGCUCGGGCUCGGGCAGGGCCCCGUGGGCCCGGCGGGCCCAGCGCAAGGAGCGGGCCCAGCGGCCUGGGGCCGAGCGCGGGCCGCGGGAUCCCGGCAAGGCCCAGGAGCUCGCCCGCAGCCUCGGUGGCCUCACGCUGGGGCUGCUUCUGGCCAGCAUUUACGGGGCUCUGGUGCUGCUGGUGCAGGGCCACAAUGUCUGGUACUGCCUGAGCGUCACCGUCUUCCUGGGCGCGGGGCUGGGCCUGGGCAUGGCCUUCUCCAUGAAGACGCGGAUGAUCGUGCUGCUGGCGCUGCCGCACUUCUUCACCAGGGAGGGGAAGAUACUGAUCAUGAUGCUGGCGCUGUGCCUGACCGUGCAAGGCCCUGGCACCAAUCUGCUGCACAACGUCUCCCAGGUCGCCAAGGCGCUCUCAUGCGGGGCUGAACUGGCCCAAAACCAGACGGCCGAGCGGCUGCAACGCGCCAAGGAGCCACUGCUGAACGUGCAGAAGAAGAUCAAGGAGAUCGGCCAGAAUGCCAAGGUGCUGGGUGACCGUGUCCGUAAGUUCGUCCGCUCCAUCAUAGACUCCACCAGACACGUUGCCCGGGCCCUGCGCAACGUUUGGCUGUGGCUGUCGAGGGCUGGUUACAUCUGUAACCGUGAGCUGGGGGACCCGCAGAGCACCUGCUUUCGCUACAUGGACAAGACCAAGGACAGGUGUGAGCGCGCCCUCCCGCUCCUCUUCCACAUCUGCUACGUCGUCCUCAGCUUCAAGGCGCUCUGCGGCAUGAUCAGUACUUUUGCUUUCAUGUUCUGCACCAUCCCUAAGUACAUCCAGACCUUCAUCCGGAUGAACGUCGCAGCCCCCCUCACAGAUGCCCUGAACCGUGUCCGCGCCGAGUUUGAGUUCAACAUCUCGGUCGUGCACCACUUCAGCGUCAACCUCAACGCCAGCAAGAGCCUGGGCGAGGUGUCUGCCGAUAUGAUGGAGGCCGUGCAGCAGCACAUGGAGCCCUACCACCGUGCCCUGGAGCUCUUCUCCUACCUCUCCUUCUUGGCCAUCCUCUUCUUGUGCUACCACGCGAUUCGCUACCGGCGCCGCUACCUGCGGGACGACACCUUUGACAACGUUUACAUCACGCGGCGCUUCGUGGAGCUGGACCUGCGGUGUGCAGAGCAGGGCAAACCCACCGUGCUGCCCCUGUCGGCGCUGGAGAAGGGCCGCUACAUCCCCCCGGGUGCGCUGUGGCUGUCAAAGAGGGAGCGACGCCAGUACGGGCUGCAGCUCUUUGGCUUCCUGCGCCAUACGCUGCUGGGGCUCAGCAUCAUCCUGGCUGACUACAGCAUCUUCUGGCUACUCGACCUGUUCCGGCACCAGCUGAGCGCGGAGAUCGUUGCCAGGGCGCCGUCGACAAUGACCAUCAGCGUCAACGGGACGGGCUACACCAGUGAGAUCUACCAGGAUCUGGUCUCUGCCUUCAACGCGCUGCAGGAGGGCGAGGUCUCGGUGCUGUCCCACGUCUGCCUCAUCGAGCCCGUGGAGCCCGACCACGGCACCUACAUCACCAUAGGAAUCCUGUACGGUAUCUGGCUCUUCAUCGCCGUCUUCGGUUCCUACAUGGCACGCCUGCGCCGGGCAGUGUGUGCCGCCUACUUCCCGUCCCGCGAGCAGGAGCGCCUGGCCUUCCUGCACAACAUCAUCCGGGCACGGCGGGAAUGGGUGGUGUUUGCCCUGCGCCAAGCUGGCACGCAGCGCUUGGCCGAUACCGGGAAAAGCAGGCUCUUCCUCAUCCUCAUCUCCAGGUUCCCUCUCCUAGCUCGCCUCGCUCGCCGCUUGGGCAUCCAGCGCAAACACUGCCUGACCUGUGGGGUGGCAGAGCAGCCGGGUUUCAUCGCCUGCAUCACACCCAACUGCAAAGGGCUGUAUUGCAGCGAGUGCUACGGAGCCCUGAACAACACCUGCUCCGUCUGCACGGCCCCCCUGAGCUCCCCGGACUCUGGCGAUGAGGAGAUGGACUCCAGUGACGAGGACACGCCGGGGCUGUGGCCGGGCCGGGGCCAGGAGCGAGGGCGGCGGCUGCUGCAGCGCAUCAAGGACGCGCUCCAGGGCCGGCGGCUCCUCUCCAGGACGGAGCUGCGGGAGGAGGAGAGCGAGCGGCUGCUCCCCAGACGCGACUUUGGCCACGAGGAGCGGGCUGAGAGCGGGGAUGACGGAGAGCUGCGGGAGGUGCUGGUCCUGCCGCCGCCCAGCCGAGUUCCCUCCCCGCUGGGGCAUCCCCCCGACAUCAGCUCCGAACCGCAGCGUGCUCAGAAACCUCCCCACACAACCCUGGAGCGAGUGGUGGUCUCGGUCCUGCCCAGCCCCCUCAGCCGCUUCCUCUGGAGCCGGCCCGAUGAGUAUCGCUGCAGAAAAGCCUUCCUGGGAGCCGGCUUUGGGAUGCUCCUUGGCCUCGGGCUCUGCCACCUCCUCAUCAUGCCUCUGGACCUGUCAGAGACACGGAAGGUGAAGCUUACCUGGGGGCUGACAGCCGUGACUGCCCUGGGCUGGGCCACGUCCCCCCAGUUCCGCUGUGCCAACCUGCUCAUGGUCCCCAAGCUCCUGGGGAAGGAGGGUCGGCUCUACGUUCUCUCCUUUGUCUUCGCCGCCAUCUACAACGGGCCCGGGGCCAACCUCUGGUACAACCUGAUGGAGACGAAGCGCUCGAUGGAGUGCGUGGUGGAGCUACAGGUCAACCACACGGGACAUCUCUGGCAGGCGUCUACAGCCCCCCUGCGCCAGGUCAUGGAGGAGCUGGUGAAGAGCGCAGAGACACUCAACACUGAGAUGCAGAACGUCUCCCAAGCCUUCGUGGAGCUGAACGAGCAGGUGGCCAGCAAGGAGGGCUACGACCUGAGGCAACGCCCAGACACGGGCACGAAGCCAGCCCCCAGCACCCAGGAGCUCUAUGAGACAAAGACCAAACUUCGCUGUGAAACUGUGAUCCAGAGGGGCCUGCAGCGCUGCACAAACCACUUCCAGAAAAUGUACGAGAAAUGCAUGAAACGAGUGAUCCUGCCCUUAGUCAGGCACCUCGUCUGCCUGCCCAUGCAGUUUGGGUUCGUCUGCCACUCGGUCAAACUCAUGAGGAGGUGGUGUAAGGAGAGGAUCCCCGUGGAUGGGAACUUCGGGCACAUGUACGACCGGGUGAACAGCUCCGUCAACAGCCUCAGCCAGGAGUUCAGCGCCAGCAUUGCCUACCAGGAGGAGCACCACGAGAUGCUGGUGGGCACCGACAUAGCGGAGCAGCUGCGGGAGGAGGUGACCUCGCAGCUGCAGCAGGAAGGCGCCCGCCUGGGCCUGGCCGUCUCCUUCUUCCGCCUGCUGCUGUCCUUCACCUUCCUCUUCAUCUUCUUCUCGGCUUUCUACUACACCUAUCAAUACUGCCACAAGAUCGGCUUUGACAACUGCUACAUCACCACCUAUUUCCGCCAAAUCGAUGCCCGGCGUAGAGAGCAGAACAAGCAGACGCUGCUGCCCCUGCUCCGGGAGGAGACCUCGUCUUUCAUCUUCCCAUGCAAGCUGGCCGUGCAGCGGCCUGAGCUGCAGUACAUGGUGAUGGAGCUGCUCAGGUGCAUCCCACUCCUGCUCUUCCUCCUCUUUGUCUGUGGCCUGGACCACUUCAUCUUCAGCAUUCUCAGCAUCAUCCAGCAUCAUUCCUUUAUCGAGUAUUCCUACCAAACCAGCCACCACUUGUCCGUGAACGUGAUGGGCACAUCCCUGAUGGCACAGCUGCUGCGCACCACCAUCGGGGCCCUCAACACCUCCUUCGACACCGAAGUGGAGACCUCCAACCUCGCCUGCCUGCCGCAGCCCACGGGGAUGACGAGGCAGCAGUACCUGAACACCUGCCUGCCCCUGGCCGUGCUGGCCCUGCUCUGCCUGGCCCAGGUCUACCCGUUCCGCCUGCGCCGCGCCAUCGCCGCCUUCUACUUCCCCAAGAGGGAGAAGACUCGAGUGCUGUUCCUGUACAACAAAUUGCUGCGGCAGCGGAAGAAUUUCUUGCACCUGCAGCGCGGGCGCGUGGCCCGGCAAGCACGGCAGCCGCCCGAGCUGGGAACGUUGCUGCUGCAGUGGUGCCGCCGGCGCUGGCCCUGGCUGCGCCGCUGCUUGCGCCGGAGAUGCACCUUGUGCGGGACCCCCGAGACCCCCCAGCACCGGCCCUGCCCCAAUCCCGACUGCUUUGCCUUGUACUGCGAGUCCUGCUGGAGGGUGACGGGGGGCAUCUGCCUCGCCUGCGGGCCCGCAGACCCCGACCUCGUCCAGGACAGCAGCGAGGAUGAGGAGGAGCAGGGAUACGCGGGAUGAAGGUGCUUGGGAAUAAAUGUUUCAACCCCCGUG